GUCAGACGCUCAACCAAUGAGCCACUCAGGCACCCCUCCAGUUGUAUAUUUUAAUUGUAUAUGUUUUCUUCUUAGCCAGGCUGUUACAUAAAUAUUUUCUUUUUGCUCCAAAUUCACUUAGCGUUAUUGAAAGUAGAAAGUUCUUACUAGUGUUAUUUCUCUUUUUUGGCUCUCAGACAGUUGUCUGCACCGUAAAGUCCAGGGAUAGUAAAGGUAAGACUCAGUAUAGUACAUACAGGCAAGAGUUGGGAAUACUGCAUCAUUUUUCAUCCCAGAAAAUGUAAGAUCCUAUGAGGACGCCUGGUGGCGCUGCAGGAUAAGACGGUACAAACCAGCACCGCAGCUGCAGCACCAUUAACAGGCAAAACUAAGCAACAGAACCUGGAAGCCCACGGGAAGCUUGGAUGCCACUGGAGGAGGACUGGGUCCUUUGAUAAGGACCACUCACUGGAAUAUUUCUGAGGUAUCCUGUGACAGAGCCACAGUCUCGGAUACUGAAGUCGUUACAGUUCAGCAGAACCACCCUGGAGGGAGGCUUUACCAGACAAGAACAAUGGAGGCCAGUGGGAAGUUCAUUUGCAGACAAAGGCAAGUCGUUUUAUUCUUUGUCCUCUUGGGCUUAUCUCAGGCGGGUAUGGAACCUAGGCGCUAUUCUGUGGUGGAGGAAACCGAGGGUAGCUCCUUUGUAACCAAUUUAGCAAAGGAUCUAGGUCUGGGUCAGAGGGAACUCUCCAAGCGUGGGGCAAGGGUUAUUUCCAAAGGGAACAAACUACAUUUGAAGCUGGAUCGGGAGACUGGAGAUUUGUUGCUAAAUGAGAAACUGGACCGGGAGGAAUUGUGCGGUCACACAGACCCCUGUGUGCUGCGUUUCCAGGUGUUGCUAGAAAAUCCCUUACAGUUUUUUCAAGCUGAGCUACAAGUAAUAGACAUAAAUGACCAUUCCCCAGUAUUCGUAGACAGAGAUAUGUUGCUAAAAAUAUCAGAGAGCAGUCCACCUGGAACUACAUUUCCACUGAAGAACGCUCAGGAUGUGGACGUAGGCCGAAAUAAUAUUGAGACCUAUAUAAUCAGUCCCAACUCUUAUUUUCGCGUCCUCACCCGCAAGAGCAGUGAUGGCAGCAGAUAUCCUGAGUUGGUGCUGGAUAAAGCGCUAGAUCGAGAGCAGGAACCGGAGCUCAGGUUAACCCUUACAGCUCAGGAUGGCGGCUCUCCACCCAGGUCUGGCAUCGCUCAGAUCAACAUUGAAGUCGUGGACAUCAAUGAUAACGCCCCUGAAUUUGAGCAGUCUCUCUAUAGGGUGAAAAUUCCUGAAGACAGUCCGAUAGGCUUCCUGAUUGUCACAGUCUCUGCUACGGAUGCAGACAUAGGAGUCAACGGAGAGAUUUCCUAUUCACUUUUCCAGGCUUCUGAAGAGAUUUGCAAAACCUUUGAAAUCAAUUCCAUGACGGGAGAAAUUCGACUUAAAAAACAACUUGAUUUUGAAAGAAUACAGUUCUAUGAAGUCAAUAUUGAGGCCAGAGAUUCUGGCAGCUUUUCUGGAAAAUGCACCGUCCUGACUCAAGUCUUGGAUGUGAACGACAAUGCCCCAGAAAUCACCAUGUCUGCAUUUACUAGACACAUACCUGAGAACUCGCCUGAGGCUAUGGUUGCAGUUCUCAGUGUUUCAGACCUUGAUUCGGAAGAAAAUGGGAAAAUAAAUUGCACAAUUCAGGCCGAUCUACCCUUUCUCCUGAAAUCUUCCUUAGAAAAUUUUUACACCCUGGUAACAGAGAGACCCCUGGACAGAGAGAGCCAGGCCGAGUACAACAUCACCAUCACCGUCACCGACUUGGGGACCCCCAGGCUGAAAACGCAGCUCAACAUCACCGUGAAGGUCUCCGACGUCAACGACAACGCCCCCGCCUUCAGCCAAACCACCUACACCCUGCGCGUCCGCGAGAACAACAGCCCCGCCCUGCACAUCGGCAGCGUGAGCGCCACGGACAGGGACUCGGGCGCCAACGCGCAGGUCACCUACUCGCUGCUGCCGCCCGCGGACCCGCAGCUGCCCCUGGCCUCCCUGGUGUCCAUCAACGCGGACAACGGGCAGCUGUUCGCGCUCAGGUCCCUGGAUUACGAGGCGCUGCGGGCGUUCGAGUUCGGCGUGCGCGCGGCCGACCGCGGCUCGCCCGCGCUCAGCAGCCAGGCGCGGGUGCGCGUGCUGGUGCUGGACGACAACGACAACGCGCCCUUCGUGCUGUACCCGCCGCAGAACGGCUCUGCGCCCUGCACCGAGCUGGUGCCCAGGGCGGCCGAGGCGGGCUACCUGGUGACCAAGGUGGUGGCGGUGGACGGCGACUCGGGCCAGAACGCCUGGCUGUCGUACCAGCUGCUCAAGGCCACGGAGCCCGGGCUGUUCGGCGUGUGGGCGCACAACGGCGAGGUGCGCACGGCCCGGCUGCUGAGCGAGCGCGACGCCGUCAAGCACAGGCUGGUGGUGCUGGUCAAGGACAAUGGCGAGCCGCCGCGCUCGGCCAGCGUCACGCUGCACGUGCUGCUGGUGGACGGCUUCUCGCAGCCCUACCUGCCGCUCCCGGAGGUGGCGGCGGCCGAGGCGCGGGCCGACCCGCUCACCGUCUACUUGGUCGUCGCCUUGGCGUCCGUGUCGUCGCUCUUCCUGUUCUCGGUGCUCGUGUUCGUGGCGGUGCGGCUGUGCAGGCGGAGCCGGGCGGCGUCUGCGGGUCGCUGCUCGGCGCCCGAGGGCCGCUUUCCGGGCCACCUGGUGGACGUCAGCGGCGCGGGGACGCUGUCCCAGAGCUACCAGUAUGAGGUGUGUCUUCGGGGAGGUUCGGGGACCAGUGAGUUCAAGUUCCUCAAGCCAAAUGUGCCCAAUUUCCAGGGCCACUCCCCUGGGCCAGAAAUAGAAGAAAACGCCAACUUUAGGAAUGACUUUGGUUUUAGUAUUCAGUGAUUGUAUUGUUUUUCAUAUUCCAGAUAUUUAAAAUUGGUAAGUUCAAGAUAUAGCUUUCCUGGCAAUCCGUUAAGACUUUUUAAAUCACACUAAACUUGCCUGCAAAAUACUUUAUAUUACCCCUUUGUUAUAAAGAAUAGUCUUUUUUUCAUCACUAUGAGAUGAUUGGUCUUAAAUUUUGCCCUCAAAACACUGAUGAGGUCAUUAGUUGUACAAAUUGUUGCUGUGGAAUAGUUUAGGAAUGGAUUAGGAUGGGGCACCUGGGUAGCCCGGGUGAGCAUCCCAACUUCCCCUCAGGUCAUGAUCUCACUGCUCCAGACUUGGAGCCCAGAAUAGGGCUGGAUGCUGUGGGAGCCCCAUUCGGAUCCUCUGUCUCCUUCUCUUUCUGCCCCUCCCCCUCAAAAAGGACUAAACAUUUUUUAAAUAGAGCUUGAAAAAAGAAAUGGAUUAGGAAAAAAUAGUGGAAAGUUCAUUUUAUACAAUCAAUUGUAUUCCCUUUUCUUGUUUUAAAUCAUUAGAUAAAUAAAAGCAGUAAUACACUAACACAUGAAGUAUGCCUGGUGGAGAAGGAAAUAACUGGUACAGUGAGAAUCUGGCUCUUGCUUUAUUCUGCUCUCAUAGCUCUUUUUUAAUUUACUUAGAGAGAGGAUGUGUGCACACAUGCAUGCGAAGGAGGGGCAGAGAGAGGGCAGAAAAGAGAGAAUCCCAAACAGACUCUGCGCAUUCAGGGAAGCUGCUCUCAUAGCUCUUAACUCUGAUAUUGUUUUCUCUUAAAUGUUAUACUAACUGUGCUUCCUUUCAUUCAUAUAGUAGUGUUAAUUUUAAUAUAAUUAUUUUAAUUGCUUUCUAUUAAGUUUCAUUGCUGUUAACUGGAGGAAAAAUAGCUACAUUGUGUUCAUCCAGUGACAUAAGAUAGCAUAGUAGUGAAAUGGACUUUUUCUAUUUGAGAAACAUUGAGCAUGGAUGACAGUAAAUGCAUUGGCCACCAAAUAUCCAUUUAUUUUUUCUUCCUUAGUAACAUCACAAAUUACAUGUAGAGCAUUAGCAAGUUUAGUAAAAAAAAAAAAAUACUUUUUCCCUCCUUGGCAGCUGGAAUGGAGCAUUUCACUAGGUUAUUGCCAAUGGAAUGUAUAUACAGAUGUUGUAGGAGACUUCCAAGAAGGCUAUUUAAAGGGAGAGGUACCUUUUUGUUCUUCUCUAACUGCUUCUUAUGGCUUGGAAUGUGUAAGUAAUAGCUGAAACACAAUUAGCCAUGUUGGACCAUAGAACAACACUAAGGAUGGAAAUAUUGUACAAAGAUAGUCAGUGUAGAAUAAACUUAAAAGAAAUGAGGGUCCCUGGUAACUAUGGAGUCAUCAUAUCACCCCUGGAGUGCCUACUUCUGAAUUUCUUUUUUUACUUGA